AUCAUGCAGCCUAUGUUACUAAUCCUUGUGGGGGCUUGGACAACACUGCAAGCUGACUUGCUUUCUGACAAAAAAGUUUUACUUCGACCACCUGUCAAUUUUACUGUUAAAGCCAUUGGAUUGGCUCAAGUUCUUUUACACUGGGCCCCAAAUCCUGACCAAGAGCAAAGAAAUGUUGAUCUACAAUAUCAUGUGAAAAUAAGUGUUCCACAAGAAGAUGAGUAUAACACCAGGAAGACUGAAAGCAAAUAUGUGGCCCCCCUUCAUGACGGCUUUGCAGCUAGUGUGAGGAGCAUCCUAAGGAGAAGCCACUCUUCCCUGGCCAGCAGUUGGGUUUCUGCUGAACUCAAAGCUCCAUCAGGGUCUUCUGGAACCUCGGUUAUGAAUUUAACUUGUACCACAAACACUGUUGUGAGUAGUCACACCCACUUAAGGCCAUACCAAGUGUCUCUUCGCUGCACCUGGCUUGUUGGCAAGGAUGCCCCUGAGGACACACAAUAUUUCCUAUACUACAGGUUUGGUGUCUGGACUGAAGAAUGCCAGGAAUACAGCAGAGAUGCACUGGACAGAAAUACUGCAUGCUGGUUUCCCAGGACAUUUAUCAACAGCAAAGGGUUUGAGCAGCUUGCAGUGCAUGUUAAUGGCUCAAGCAAGCAUGCUGCAAUCAAGCCCUUUGAUCAGCUGUUCACUCCACAUGCCAUUGAUCAAGUGAAUCCUCCAAUGAAUGUGACAGUUGAGAUUGAAGAAACUUCUCUUUAUAUCCAAUGGGAGAAACCAGUUUCGGCCUUUCCAGUCCAUUGCUUUAAUUACGAAUUGAAAAUUUACAACCCAAAGAAUGGUUACUUUCAGAUGGAAAAACUGGCCACCAACAAAUUCGUCUCAAAAAUUGAUGACGUUUCUACAUACUCCAUUCAAGUGAGAGCAGUUGUGAGCUCGUCUUGCAGAGUGUCUGGAAGCUGGGGCGAGUGGAGUCAGCCUAUUUAUGUGGGUGAGGAUGAGAAGAAACCCUUGGCAGAGUGGCAUCUCAUUGUGUUUCCAGCCACCGCCUGCUUCGUCUUGUUAAUCUUCUCACUCAUCUGCAGAGUGUGUCGCAUAUGGAUCAAGUUAUUUCCACCAAUUCCAGCCCCUAAGAGUAACAUCAAAGAUCUCCUGGUAGUGACUGACUAUGAGAAAGCCGCUUGGAAUGAAACCAAAAUUGAAGCUGUAAGUUGUGUGGAAGAGGCUGGAUUUGAAGUCAUGGAAAAUUCCAUGUUUUGAUGGCAUUCUGAAAAGAAUUCAUGCAGGACUCCAUGAUAAAAGCAAGGAAUAAUAUUUCUUGGCAAGAAGAAAUUUCAAAUGAACACACAAUGCUCAAUUUGGUUACCAGGAAACACAUCCAGACAUAUAUGAGUCUCCGAUGUUCCAUCUUUUAACUUGUACAAGCCUCAUCAACACCUCCUUGCUCACAGUAGGACAAUGGAUUCAACAGAGCAGGGGCCUUGUUUUCCCACCCACAGUAUAUGAAGUAUUGCCUGACCUGGUUAUACAGGCCAGCGUUUGCAAUUUGCAUGGCUCACCUUGGACAUUUUGCACAGGAGACAGUUUUUCAAGCUAAUGUUAUGUGUUUACUUUGGUUUGAGCUGACAACAGCAGCACUUUCAGCUACAGUGAGAGGAAGAGUGGAGCCCAUCCAGAGUGAGCCCAAAUUCAAGACUGUCUUUUCCAAAGCAAGUGGGAGCCAUAACUUCAUGGUGCUUUUUCUCGUUGAGUUCUAGAAUACUUUUUUUUUUUCAAGAACUGUGCCUUUGUGUUGUGGUAUGGGAUGAUGUAAAGUGGAGGUAGAAACAAAGACUAUGUCCAGUUCUGUAUGUCUGUCCCAGUAAGCAUCUAAGGGAAACUACCUGAAAACGUACACUAAGACGUCAUGCCUGGGGCUGAGGAGAUGGCUCAGUCAGACAAGUGUUUGGUGAAGAAGCAUAAAUACCUGAGACUGGUCAACCAGCACCAAGGAAACAGAAACAAAACAGUGCAAGCAGCACGUGCCUAUGAUCCUAGUACUGGGAAACAAAAAUGAGAGGCUCCAUGGGAAUUGUUGGCCAGUCAGUUUAGCCAAUGGGUGGUUUCUAGGUUCAGUAAGAGAUACUGUCUCAAAAAGGUAAGGUGGAAAGUGACUGGGGAGAACCCCUGACACUUACCUCUGGCCUACAUACACAUGUACACAUACGAAGCCAUACACAUGCACACACACUAAAAACAUCAUCUAUUAAGAGAGAAGA